AUGCUCGUUAACCACUACUUGACAUCGAGAUGUGUAUCCUUUCCUCAUUACCAAAAGGAGAACCAGUCAAGUAUUGUCAUCAAUAUCCCAACAUUCACUGGACGCCGUCAACCGCUUUCGGCACCAGCAUCUUUCUUUCUUUCUUUCUUUUUGCCUUCUUUAUUUCUCGUUUAUAAUUUUAUAAUUCCUCCACCUUUUCUUUCUUUUCUACUCAUAACCAUUUUCUUUCAUUCUUUUUCUUUCUUUUACUUUCAUUCUUAUUUUUUUCUUUUCCCCUCUCAUAAUUUUCUGCUCUUUCUUUCUUUUCCACGCAUAACCCUUUUUCUUUCUUUCUUUCUUUCUUUCUUUCUUUCUUUCUUUCUUUCUUUCUUUCUUUCUUUCUUACCUGAUUAUACUGCCAUAAUUUAUCGGCUCUUUCUAUGCUUUCUUCUUGUAAGCAUCAUUCUUUCUUUCUUUUUUCUUUUUCUUUUAUUCUUUUUAUUUAAUUUUUACACUUGCAUAAUGUGUCUGCUCUUUCUUUUCCACUCUCAUAAUUUAUCUUAUCUUUCUUUCUUUUCCACUUGUAAUGGUAAUUCCUUCUUUUUUCGUUCUUUAUUUCUCGUUUACACUCCCAAUAUUUCUUUUCAUCUUCUUUGCUUUCUCCUUCAUCACUUUAUUUCCUUUCUUUUUUCUUCCUUUUUUUUCAUUCAUCUUUGCUUUACUCUUUUUUCCUUUAAUCCCCCUUUUCUUUCUUUCCUUUCCUUUAUUCACGCCUUUUCUUUCUUUCUUUUAACACCUCUUCCAUAUUCUUUUGAAGCUUUUUAUUCAUUUCUCCUCAUUGUAAAAGUUUAUUUUUGGUUUUCAUUUUCUAUCUGUAGCCUUUCAUUAUAUCUUCGAUAA